GCGAGCGGGCUCUCAGCGGCGCUCGGAGCAGGCCCUCGCCGGGAUCCCUUCACGCGCCCCUCGCCGCGUUCCCAGGCGUCAGGCUCCCGUGCAGCGUCCGCCGGCCCGCCCUCGCCGAGCCUCCCUCUCGCGGCCGUUGCCGUGCGGCCUGCGUCGCCUCCCGUAGUUACUUACCCGACAGGCUAUGGCCGCCCGGCUCCUGCGCGCCGCCUCCGCCGCCCUCGGCGACGCGGCCGGCCGGUGGGUGCUCCUCGCCGGGCCCCGCGCGGCAGCCGGCGGCCUCCGGGAGAGCCGGGUGCCGGGCCGGGGCGCCGAGCCGGGCCUGGGCAGCGGCGCGGCGGCGACGCGGACCCUGAGCGUGUCGGCGCGCGCUCGGAGCAGCUCAGAAGAUAAAGUAACAGUCCACUUUAUAAACCGCGACGGUGAAACAUUAACAACCAAAGGAAAAGUUGGUGACUCUCUACUGGAUGUUGUGGUUGAAAAUAAUCUGGAUAUUGAUGGUUUUGGUGCGUGUGAGGGAACCUUAGCUUGCUCGACCUGUCACCUCAUCUUUGAACAGCACAUAUUUGAGAAGUUAGAAGCAAUCAGUGAUGAGGAGAAUGACAUGCUUGAUCUGGCAUAUGGACUAACAGACAGAUCCCGGUUGGGCUGCCAGAUCUGUUUGACAAAGUCCAUGGACAACAUGACUGUUAGAGUGCCGGAGGCCGUGGCCGAUGCCAGAGAGUCCAUUGAUAUGGGCAAGAACUCCUCCACGCUAGAAUAAGGGUUCCAGUGUGGGUCUGGCUGCCCCCUCUAUCCCGAAGCAGGGCCAUCUGGAACACAGGGGCCCAAGGUCUCUGCGGCAAGGGAAGAGAAAGAUGAGGAAGGUGCCUGGCUCACAGCCCAUUGGCCAGAAUUAGCCACGUGACCCCAACCCAACUUGCAGGGAGGCUGGGAAAUGUAGGCUGGGGAAUGUGAGAUACCUGGUGGGCACUGAUUUUCUCUGUCACAUUCGCUGCCAUGAUUCCAUGAUUUUCUGUAUUUUCCAGCAAGUCGCUGACAAAAAUGUUGAAUAAAUCAAAGUCAGGACAAAAGCCCGCCAUGAAGUGCCUUCCUUCGCAUGUUUUGGCUCAGUGAGAGCCGUUCUUCACACUCCAAAUAUUCAGCUCCCCUGUGGGGUUCAGGGUAGGCUCUGUGUCCCGGCAGGGGGACUUUCAGGGAACUCCAGGGCCCUAGUCCUAAAGGAAUGUUACUCUGCACAAGGCUCACGCCAAGAAGGAUGCUUUUCCUUUGCAAGAAACCAAGAUCAUUCCUAGAAGGAAGAGACUAGGAAAGUAAGUUCAAACAGUUCUCUUUUGGGUGGCUGAAGCUCAUACGCUCAAACUCCUCUGUUGGAGUAGGAUUCCAAGUCCCAGCUGGAAGGUGAUGCGUUUUGUCAUCCUGUUGCUCAGUUCCUAAUGAACACAAAGAAGGCAGUAGCUAGAGAAAAAUGUUGCAGGCAGCAAAGGAACUACUGAACAAUAAAAUAGAAUCCUUGUUCAACUUUUACCCUGGCAGAUCCAGAGACCGUGAGAUGGAGACUAGCCGCAUGAUAAGAGUACAGACAGGGAAAAAUUGAGCACAGGUCAGAAGUCAACAGUCUUCUGCAGCUUGGGAAACACAUAGAGAUGGGUGAACCUUCAACGGGGUGCAUCAGCUUUGCGUGGGUGGUAAGCGAGAAGUCGAGUGAGAGAAACACACUCCAAGGGCACACUGGAAUCUUAAGAGAGGACGGUGAGGGGCAGGUAGGAUUUUCUUAUUUAUUAAUUUGUCAGAAGAGAACUUAAAUUGAAGAAGGAAAGACAAAUGAGGGGGAGAAAGAAUGGAAAGAAGGAAGAGCGAGAAAGGAAGAAAGACUUCCUUAACUGAUAGUUCGCAGCCUUCCAAACCUAAGUAGGACUAUAAGAUGGCUGGGUGCACACGCAUAGUUACUCGCUGGGAAAGCAAGUUGGGAUCCAAUGCUACAGACGUCAUAUCAUGUGCCGUAGAGAUGAAGAGAUUUUCUGGAGUGCUGUGGUUGGACUUUUAUCACUGGAAGGAGGGACCAAAUCCAAGGUGCCAUGAUGAGGGGGCUUCUUUCUCCUUCAAGGAGUUUUCAGUCUAUGACCUAGGUGUCACCAGAAGCCCUUCUGGCUCCUAACAUCUAGGUAAUAUCUUCCCAUAACAUAUUAACAUAACACAAUAACAUCAGUUUUACUGCUUGUGGAGGCCCACUGCCAAAUUUCUAUCAAUUCUUUGGGACUAACCCUCCCACAGCCCUACGCUCUUGGCUUCACACAGGCUGCUUUGGCCUUUACCAUGUUGAUCAAACCAUGAAACUUCACCUUUUCAACAGUUUUCAAACACAUACACGCACCCCACACAGCAUUUAUGAGCAUAUAUUUAUCACUUUGUGACUUUACUGAAGUUAGAACACAGCAGUUAACAUUUAAAAAAUCCCUUUUAGGAUAAAUUGGGAGUUCAAGAUUUGCAGAUGCUGACUGGUACAUAUAAAAUAGAUAAACAACUUUAUACUGUAUAGCACAGGGAGCUAUAUUUGAUAUCUUGUAGUAGCUUACAGUGAAAAAGAAUAUGAAAACAAAUAUAUGUAUAUUCAUGUAUGAUGGAAACAUUGUGCUGUACACCAGAAAUUGACACAACAUUAUAAACUGACUAUACUUCAAUUAAAAAAAAAGGCCAAAACAAAUCCCUUUUAUGGAGAUGUUUACCAAUUUUGUCAGUGGAAGACUCAAUAGUGUUAAAAUGCUGACUCUCCCUAAAUUGAUCUGUGGAUUCAACACAUUGCCAGUUAGAUUCCAGGAGGCUUUUAUGUAGAAAUUGACAAGUUGAUUCUAACAUGUGUAUAGAAAUACAGAGGACUUAGAAUAGCCAAAACAAUGUGAAGAGGAAAAGUUUGAGAACUUACAUUACCUAGUUUAAGACGUAUUAUAAAUCUGUAGUAAUCAAAAUGAUGUGAUAUUAGAUAGAUACAUACAGAUCAAUGGAGCAGAAUAGAGGGUUCAGAGAUAGACUCACACAUAUAUGUUCAAUUGACUUUGACAAAGUUACAAAAGCAAUUCAGUGGAAGAAUGAUAGCUCUUCAACAAAUGGUGCUGGAGAGAUAGAUGUCCAUAAGCAAAAAUAUGAUCUGUGAUCCAUUUGGAGCAAGUAUGGAUCACAGAUCUAAAUGUAUGACCUAGAAAUAUAAAACUGCUAGAAGAAAAGAUAGGAAAAUAUCUUUGUCACCUUGAGUUAGGCAAAGGUUUUUUAGCUAUGACACCAAAAGCAUGAUCCAGAAAAGAAAAAGAAUGGAUCCAUUGGACUUCAUUAAAAUUAAGAAUGUCUGCUUCAAAAGACACUUUUAAUAGAAUGAAAGGUCAAGCCACAGACUGGAAGAAAACAUUUGCAAAUCACAUACCUGAUAAAGGAUUUGUAUCCAAAACACAAAUAACUCUCAAAACUCAGUAAAACAACUCAAUAAGAAAAAUGGGGUCAUAAUUUUAAUGGACAUUUCAUAAAGGAAGAUAUGUGGAUGGAAAAUAAGCACAUGGAGUGAUGCUCAACAUCGUUUGCCAUCAGAGAAAUGUGAAUUACAAUCACAGUGAGAUACGACUACACAUCUUUAGAAUGUUUAAAAUUAAAAAAGACCGAUGACACUAAGCAUUGCUGAGGAUGUAGAGGAACUGAAAUUAUCAUACACUGCUGGUACAACCACUUUGGAAAACAAUUUCUUAAGAAGUUAAACAUAAAUCUAAAAUAUGAUCCAGCCAUUUCCCUCCUGGUAGAAUGAAAACAUAUGUUUAUGCAAAAACUUGGAUGGGAAUGUUCAGAGCAGCCUUAUCUGUCAUAGCCCUGGACUGGAAACAAUCCAAAGGCCCAUUAACAGGUGAAUGGAUAAACAAAGUUUGAUAUAUCCAUAUAAUAGAGUACUUCUUAGAAAUAAAAGAGAAUAAACUAUUGAUAUACAUGAAAAUAUCAGUGAAUCUUAAAAUAUUACACUGAGUUAAAGACACUAGACUGUAAAAGAGUACAUACUGUAUGAUUUCAUUUAUAUAAAGUUCUACAAAAUGCAAGUUAAUCUAUAAAGACUGAAAGAAGAUCAUUGGUUACUGGGGUGGGCAGGGGGAUGGGGCACGGGGGAACUCUAGGUGUGAUGGAUGUGUUCACUGUCUUGAUCGUGGUGAUGGUUUCAAGUUAUCAAAUUGUAUACUUUAAAUGUGUACAGUUUACAUCAAUUACACUGCAAUAAAGCUGUUGUUAAAAAAAAUGUAAACAUUCCUGUUCUCCAAAGUCCUAUGUCAGGCUUCCCCGCCAUGAGGAGUUCCUCUCCUGGCCCUUUCCCACAUCAUCCUUUGACCCUCUCUGCUUCCUUCAUCUUUCCUCCCUGCCCACCUUCUCAUGCUUCAACAACAAAUUUCUUUCCUCAUCUUAUGUUGAACAAUGUACCUCGUCCCUCUGCACUCUGAACUUUUGACUCUAGCUCAAACCUUGACCCUUACUGUCCAUCUCAUGGUGGUUCAGUCCCCAAGUUCCAGAGCCAAAGUGGAUUCAGAAGCCCUGCUCUCUCCUUCUAGCCCAGAGCUUCAGCAAGUUACUCACCUCUUCUCGGCCCAAGUCUCCUAAUCUAUAAAAUGGCUGUGAAACCAACAGUAUUCUUUCAAGAUUUGCUGUGAGGGUCAAAUGAGUUAAUAAAUAUAGCACAUUGAGAAUGUGCUGGCAUGUCACCAUUUAAUACAUGUUAACUGUUGUUAUUUCUUCUAGGACUUAAAAGCAUUUGUUUAAGAUUAGAUCACUCUUUCUUAAGGAGUUUGAUUAAAAAUGGGCAGAGGAGCUGAACAGACAUUCUUCCAAAGAAGCCAUACAGAUGGCCAAUAGGUACCAGAAAAGGUGCUCAACAUCACUAAUCCUCAGGGAAAUGCAAAUCAAAAAGGUGCUCAGCAUCACUGAUCAGAUCAGGAAAAGCACAAUGAGCUAUCACCUCACACCUGUUAGAAUGGCUAUUAUCAAAAAGACAAGAAAUGACAAGUGUUGGCGAGGAUGUGGAGAGGGAAGCCUCAUACACGUUGGUGGGAAUGUAAAUUGGUGCAUCUACUCUGGGAAGCAGUGUGGAGAUUUCUCAAAAAAAAAAAAAAAAAAAGAA